AUGUUCUACCAGAUCGCGUUCGCAGUCAAUCGCCAACCAACUGAGACGCUAUGGGAGUCCCGUGCUGCCUCAUACUUCAAAAUUUAUGGAGCUCUGAUGAACAGGGCGAUGACGCCUUCGGAAGAUGACGACCAUGACGAGUUUAAUCUAACAAAGAAAAAUUCAGCAAUGCUAUUCUCCAACGAACUUAUCGCGCUAUACACUUUACUUGCCAUACUUUUUGUGGCAAGUAUGACUUAUAUCAUCAUAAAGGCAAUCAUACAAUCAAGAAGAAACGGUCUUCUAUCAAGGGGAACGAAGACAGAGACCACUCCAAUCAACGGCAAAUCGACGGUGAACGCGGCCUGAGUUGGAAGUGCAGUCUUUGACUACCUCAUCUCGAGUACUCUCAUGUGUUUAUCGCAUACAUAUCAACAGGUUCCGGUAUUGUCAAAUCACAAAUAUACUUCAGUUCUUCAAAAUGCUUGUAAUAAUUUAGUAUUUUACGAAGAUUAAUGUUUUGUUAGUGUUCUGUUUGUUAACAAUCAUAUUGUGAAAAUGCCGGUGAACAUUUCGUAGAUUUUUGUCCGCUUGUGAAUUUGUCAUAUUUUAUCCGAAUCUAUACAAUGGUUUUCCUUGCCAUAAAAAACGCAGAAUUUUCAAGCUCC